CACGUCAGCGGUAAUUCCGGGGAAACAGUGUGGUUCACCAGGUCUACACAAGAGCCCAGCAUCCAGUGUGUGUUAACUGAGCCAAGUACCAGAGACAGAGAGAAACAAAGAAACUCGCGAGUUACGAACCGCACAGACCCAGCGCUAGGCAAGGGGGUGGAGUCUCGCCUGUCAAUCAUGCCAGCUGUUGACGACCUUGCCAGCCGAUGACUAGAGUUAUCGCUCUACUUCUGACGCCGUCGACAUCGACUACAGUCGCUACAGUUGACAAAUCGUGAGAUCAGUGUUUGUCCAAAUAUCCUUAAGAGAAGAAAGGAGGAAACUCAAAGAUGUCUGCAGGAGAUACCAAAGAGAUCCGAGUCGUCCUCCUGGGCAAGACCGGUGCAGGCAAGAGCUCCCUUGGCAACACUCUUCUGGGUGAAGAUAAGUUUGAGAUCGGCCGAGGGCUGUCGUCUGGUACAGAAGUGUGUCAGAAUGCUAAUGCAGAACUGGACAACAUGUGUCUACAGGUAACAGACACACCUGGCUUGUGCGACACCCACAGACCGGAAGAGGAAGUGCUGCGAGAGGUUGCCAAGAGCGUCGCCAUUGCUGGGCCCGGCCCUCACGUAGUGCUCCUGGUGUUUCGCUGUGAUCGUCGCUUUACCGCGGAAGAAUACGAAGCUUUUUGCACGUUGAAAAACCUUUUUGGCCCAUCUGUCUGCAAUUAUUCGAUUGUCAUCUUUGUUGGGAUUGACCAGCUCACUUCUAAAACAGACGAAAGGCAGGCUGUUCUGAAGGAAAUGUUAAAAAGUGCACCACAGGCUUUGAAGGAAAUUUUGUCAGACUGUUCACACAGGUGCUUUGGUGUCGACAAUCGUGCUGAGGACAGGAAGAGUCAAGCUGAAGAACUCCGGGGCAUGAUAAAGAGUCUGGUAGAGGAGAAUAAAGGGGAGUUUUUCCAAAACAGUUUGUUCAAGGAAGUAAAUGAACACGUCGAAAGGUUGAUUGAACAACAGAUGAACACACGCAGCAUCACGCGAGACCAGGCAACUAGAGAAACGAGAUUCGCCAUUUUGCGUGACGAUCCUGCCGAGAAAAGUUUCUUAGAAAGUGUUGUGAAUAUAAUUCGUAAUGUUGUCAACAGUCCUCGCUUUAGAGAAUUAUGUUCUGUCAUGUAAAUAUUUCUACAUGUGCACUUUACUUUUGUCAUGGUCUAACCUGUGUGCCAGUGUGGAUUACUGGGUGGGUGCGAGUACACGCGUGCACUCACACAUACACACAUCGAUGUAGAUAUUGUAAGAAAGAAAGCUGCUACCGAGGGCUAAACUUAAUUAACUGUUCUUGAAGUAAUUUUGUGUCGCAACCAUAAAGUAAAUAUCUACCUGAAAACUAGUCAUAUGGAGUAUGUUGAUAAGACAGCCUCUGUUGUUCUAAAUGAAUCUAGAGCUAGACAAUAAAUAAACUUUUUCUCGUCAUUAAGAUAGUAACAAAUAAGGCAUCUUAUGUGACAAUGAUAAUUUGUGGGUAUAACUUAGUAAACAGCUAAUAAACUGUAAUACACCCCCACUUCAGUUCAUUGCCUGUCCUGCUUCACAAAUGGCACUGUUAAUAUUGACUAUUGAAUCAAUGUUGGUAGAAUGUUAUGGUCUUACUAAAGGUGAUCAUAUCGACUACCUGCACAUUAUUGUUAAUGCAAGAAAACUGCAAAAUAUUGUUAUAUCUACUUCAUCUGCCGAAAAGCACUGUGCAUCAAGAAAUAACAAAUAAAAAUUAAAAAAUUGGG